AAUCGCAACCGCUCGCUCGCUACCAUCUCUCUCUCUCCCGCUACCUCUAUCCAUACUGAAACACCUGCCACUCGUUUGCUGGGCGCAGUCGAGCGCCCUUCCACUUCAGUCCGCCCGACCACCAACAUACCAGCAAGCGACUUGUCCUAUACCCCCAAGCGCGAUCGCAAGGAACCCGUGAAAUACACUUUGGCCCAACAUGGCCGCGGUUAACCCCGACCUGCAGGCGAAGCUGGACGAGCUACAGAGGGAGCUGGAGGAGGGUGAUAUUACAGAGAAAGGGUACCACAAGCGACGGGCACAACUGCUUGCUCAGUAUGGCGUUGCUGCUCCUGCAGACUCCCAGCCGGCGGGAGCCCCAACCGGAGGCCUUCGGCUCCAUCCCCCCGACAACACGUCUCGUGCCUCCAACGACCGCCAACGCGUCCUCUCAGGUGCUGGCCUGAGCAGCGCCUCUCUCAACUUCCCGCCCUCCCGCGACUCAGUCGCCUUUUCCGAACAUCGAGACUCCACCCUCUUUCCUGACCACCGGGAGUCCAUGGCCUUUUCUGACCACCGGGAAUCCAUGGCCUUCUCCGACUACCGCCCUCAGUCUACCUACUCCUUCCAGGAGCCGCAUUCGGCCACUUUGCUUGCGCCUGGUGGCCCUAUGGCUGAUCACCGCCCGGCUAUGCGACACGACUCCCUCUUCCUCUUUCCUGGUCCCAACGAUACCUCUACAAGGUCGGGGACCAUGGUGUCAGGAGACUAUGCCUUCAACCCCGAACAACAUGGCGACUAUGCCGAGCCACCACCACCACAACAGAAUCCCUAUGAUGGGAGGACCAACACUUUGUUGAAUUCGCAGGCCUACUUUUCCGACUUCGCAGGGCAGCAAGCCCACGAGCAGCAACUCCAGGGUGAUUAUGGCGGCCCUCACAGAUACUCCUCCAGCGAUGCCUUUUCGCCCACCGCUGCUGUGCCGCCCCCUAUGCUCCCGGCAAAUGAAUACCUGCCCCCUGGGGGGGCCAUCCAAUUCCAGAAAGCCCUCGAGCCACGCGAAGUCCCAUUUGCGAUAUAUGACCCACACGACCCCCGCAAAGAAAUGUCUACAUUUGACAAUAUUGCUGUCGUCCUCCGCCACCGAGGUCGUAACCUUCCCAACCGGCGAGCGUACUGGGUCUUGGACGCCAAGGGCAAGGAGAUCGCAUCCAUCACAUGGGACAAGCUUGCUUCGAGGGCCGAGAAGGUCGCCCAAGUCAUUCGCGACAAGAGCUCCCUAUACCGCGGCGACCGCGUUGCGCUUAUCUACCGUGAUGCGGAAAUCAUUGACUUUGCCAUUGCCCUCUUGGGCUGCUUUAUUGCUGGCGUGGUCGCUGUGCCCAUUAACGAGCUUCAGGACUAUCAAAAAUUGAACGUCAUACUGACCUCCACACAGGCGCAUCUGGCCUUGACUACGGACAAUAACCUCAAAGCCUUCCAGCGCGACAUUACAACGCAAAAGCUCCAUUGGCCAAAGGGCGUUGAGUGGUGGAAAACCAACGAGUUUGGCAGUUACAGCCAGAAGAAAAAGGACGAGCUACCCCCUUUGUCAGUACCCGAUUUGGCUUACAUUGAAUUCUCUCGGGCCCCAACGGGUGAUCUUAGGGGAGUUGUGCUCAGCCACCGUACCAUUAUGCAUCAGAUGGCCUGCCUGAGCGCCAUAGUUACUACCGCCCCGGGCUCCAAGCCUGGCGACACGUUUAACACGACGUUGCGCGAUACCAAUGGCCAUCUAGUAAGUCGUGGUGCGACCAAAAGCGAAACCUUGCUCUCAUAUCUGGAUCCUCGCCAAGGCGUCGGCAUGAUCUGGGGAGUCUUGUUCGCCGUGUACGGAGGGCACACCACCAUUUGGCUCGAAAACAAGGCGGUCGAGGUACCCGGUCUUUAUGCCUACCUUAUUACCAAAUACAGUCCGACGUUAAUGAUUGCCGACUAUCCUGGGCUCAAACGUGCGGCAUAUGACUACCAGGUCGACCCUAUGGCAACACGGAACUAUAAAAAGGGCAUGGAGCCCAACUUCUCGUCCGUCAAGCUGUGCCUGAUAGACACCUUGAUAGUCGAUGGCGAGUUCAAUGAGCUCCUUGCCGACCGUUGGUUCAAGCCGUUGCGGAAUCCUCGAGCACGUGAGGUUGUCGCCCCAAUGCUGUGCCUCCCGGAGCACGGAGGCAUGAUCAUCAGCGUCCGGGACUGGGUGGGCGGCGAGGAGAAUAUGAAAUGCCCGCUUAAACUGGAGAUUGAGUCAGAUACGGAGUCGGAGGCUGAAAGCCCAAAGGAUACCGAAGAGGAGAAGCCUGCUACCUCUAAUGGUUACGGAAGUCUGCUGGGUGGGACGACGGUAAACGCGGCAGCAGAACACCGUGCAAAGAACGAACUGAGUGAGGUGCUACUCGAUAGAGAGGCAUUGAAAACCAAUGAGGUGGUGGUUGUGGCAAUAGGCGCAGAUGUUAGCAAGAAGGCUAGCAGCGAAUUAGGGACGGUUCGCGUUGGCGCAUUUGGCUACCCGAUUCCCGACGCCUCUCUUGCUAUUGUCGACCCGGAGACUGGCCUCCUCGCUUCGCCGCAUACUGUGGGAGAGAUCUGGGUCGAUUCUCCCUCACUGUCUGGUGGGUUCUGGGCACUGCCAAAGCACACUGAACAGAUCUUCCAUGCUCGACCUUUCACAUUCGAGCCCGGUUCGACGCUUCCGACCCCGACCGAGCUGGAGUAUCUUCGAACUGGUCUGCUAGGCACCGUUAUAGAGGGCAAGGUCUUCGUGCUUGGCCUGUACGAGGAUCGUAUCCGGCAAAAGGUGGAAUGGGUUGAACACGGAACCGAGGUGGCAGAGUAUCGUUAUUUCUUUGUGCAGCACAUGGUUGUUAGCAUCAUGAAGAACGUACCCAAGAUCUUUGAUUGCUCAGCGUUUGACGUGUUUGUCAACGAGGAACAUUUACCUGUCGUGGUCCUUGAAUCCCAAGCUGCCUCUACAGCUCCGGCUACGAGUGGAGGACCGCCUCGGCAGCUGGACACGGCCCUCUUGGACUCGCUGGCCGAAAGGUGCAUGGAUGUGCUGAUGCAAGAGCAUCACCUUCGUGUGUACUGUGUCAUGAUCACCGCACCGAAUGCUCUCCCACGGGUGAUGAAAAAUGGCCGCAAGGAGAUUGGCAACAUGCUUUGCAGGAGGGAGUUCGACCAGGGUAAUCUUCCUUGUGUGCAUGUUAAGUUUGCCGUUGAGCAUGCUGUGCUGAACCUGCCCAUCGGUGUCGACCCAAUCGGCGGCAUUUGGUCUCCUAUGGCUUCGGAAUCCAGACAACAGAUUCUUGCCCCUGCCGACAAACAGUACUCGGGCAUCGACCGGAGAGAGGUGGUCAUUGACGACAGGACGUCGACCCCUCUCAACAACUUCUCCAGCAUCACAGACCUUAUCCAAUGGCGAGUGGCAAGGCAGCCGGAGGAAUUGGCGUACUGCACCAUUGAUGGUCGUGGCAAGGAAGGCAAGGGGAUCACGUGGAAGAAGUUCGACACAAAGGUAGCAGCAGUUGCUUUAUACUUGAGGAACAAGAUCAAGAUUCGGGCUGGCGACCAUGUCGUUCUCAUGUACACUCAUUCCGAAGAGUUUGUCUUUGCCGUCCACGCCUGCAUCAACCUUGGUGCCAUUAUCAUCCCCGUUGCGCCGAUGGACCAAAACCGUCUAUCCGAAGAUGUCCCUGCCUUCCUUCAUCUGGUCGCGGACUAUGGCGUCAAGGCUGUCUUGGUUAACCAGGAUGUAGACCACUUGCUCAAGACGAAGCCUGUUGCACAGCACAUCAAGCAGUCGGCUCAGUUCUUGAAGGUUCAGGUUCCGAACGUCUACAAUACCAGCAAACCGCCGAAGCAGAACAGUGGUCUACGCGAUCUAGGCAUCACAGUUGACCCGUCAUGGGUCAAGUCAGGCUAUCCCGUCGUUAUCUGGACAUACUGGACACCGGAUCAGCGGCGCCUGGCAGUCCAGCUAAGCCACGACACCAUCCUGGGUAUGUGCAAGGUACAGAAGGAGACGUGCCAGAUGUCCAGCUCUCGCCCUGUCCUAGGCUGCGUGCGUAGUACCACAGGUCUAGGCUUCAUCCACACUUGUCUCAUGGGCAUCUACAUUGGCACGCCUACCUACCUACUCUCCCCUGUUGAGUUUGCCCAGAAUCCCGUCUCUCUUUUCCUCAUCCUCUCUCGGUACAAGAUUAAAGACACCUACGCCACCCCGCAGAUGCUUGACCACGCCAUGAGCAUGAUUCCCGGCAAGGGCUUCACGCUGCACGAGCUCAAGAACAUGAUGAUCUCGUGCGAAUCCCGCCCUCGCGUUGACCUUUUUACCAGGGUUCGUGUCCACUUCGACGCUACCGGCCUGGAUCGUACCGCCAUCAACACAGUCUACUCGCAUGUUCUGAACCCCAUGAUCGCUUCCCGGUCGUACAUGUGCGUCGAGCCGAUAGAACUUCACCUGGAUCCUAAAGCCCUGCGACAAGGUCUCAUCUAUCCGACGGAUCCCCUACGGGAUCCCAAGGCUUUGGUUAUCCAAGACAGCGGCAUGGUACCAGUGUCCACACAGAUUGCCAUCGUCAACCCGGAGAGCAGGAUGCUGUGCAGUGAUGGUGAAUAUGGUGAGAUCUGGGUGGACUCGGAGGCUUGCGUAACGUCGUUCUAUGGCUCCAAGGACCAAUUCGACGUGGAAAGAUUCAACGGUCGCACGGUUGAAGACCCGAGUAUUCGUUAUGUGAGGACCGGCGAUCUUGGAUUCUUACAUAAUGUUAGCAAGCCGAUUGGCCCAGGAGGUGCGCUCGUGGACAUGCAGGUUUUGUUCGUACUGGGAAGCAUUGGUGAAACGUUUGAGAUUAAUGGCUUGAGUCACUUCCCAAUGGACAUUGAGGCUUCAGUUGAGAGGUGUCAUAGGGUCAUUGUGCCGGGUGGCUGCGCGGUCUUCCAGGCAGGCGGACUUGUGGUGGUCCUAGUUGAGGUAGCCCGUAAAGCCUACCUUGCCUCCAUCGUCCCAGUCAUUGUCAACGCCAUCCUCAACGAGCACCAAAUCAUCGCCGACAUUGUCGCAUUUGUCAACAAGGGCGACUUCCCCCGCUCACGUCUUGGUGAAAAGCAACGCGGCAAGAUCCUCGCUGGUUGGGUGAGUCGCAAGAUGCGCACCAUUGCCCAGUUUGCCAUCAAGGACAUGGACAGCGCCACCGCCGCCGGCCUUCCAGGCACGUCUUCUGGCGAGCAAUCAGGCGGCGGUCACCAUCCCGGCAGUAUGUCAGAUAUUCCAGAGAUUGCCCAUCGCGCGAGCAUGGCAAUCAGCCACCGCAGCUUAGGCGCGCAACAACAAUCCCAGGGUGCCGGAUCCAGCAGCUUGCGGAACGUCGAGCCCGCGCCUCAGAUCCUCGAGCAAAGGGAGGCCGAGCAGCAAGCGCGAGUGCUGGAGGACAUGGCCAGCCUUAGCAUCCAAAGCCAGCAGCAGUUCCACAACCAACAACAGCAGCACGGACCAGUGGAGUUGCCCGCCGGUAACGAUGGCAGGCGAGGAUCAAUCACCUACUCCAACCGCAGCGGGCAAUACGGCGGCUACCAAGGGUACGGCGAUGCAGACCAGACGCCCACGCGCCAACGGAUCAGCUCCAUGUAUCCCCAGCGACAACAACCCCCGGCGCACGGUUAUGAGUUGGCGGACUUUGAUCGCUUCGGCGACAGCGAACCAAGUGAACUCCCGACUCCGAUUUACGAUCAGGGAUACCAACAACCGGUUCACGGCCAGGACAUGUAUAACAACAACCAAGUCUAUCAAGGCUACCCGCCCCAGGUUCACCAACAGUAUCAACAACAACAACCCACCGCAAGCGGUGCCCCACAAAUCCACCUUCCAGCUGUAAAUGGCCAUCCACAACUCAGCGCUUGGGAUGCUGGGUUCUCCUCUGUUCACGACAUCAACGACGGAGGCGUAGAAGGCAGACAAGGACAGAGGGGAGGGUUCAGAGUCGUCAAUGCCGAUCCCAUCACCAGCGAUGAUGACGAUGAUGGACCUGGGAGUGGGGAUGAGAGCUGGAAGAGGGAUGCGUACGCUUCGAUGAAUUUGGCGGGAGCUUUGGGUGGAGGAGAUGGGAAGUGAGCGAGCUGUUGUAUGCGGAUGUUGCAUUAUGGGAUUUGUUUCGGUCUGGAGUACAUGGCUGGUUUUUUUGGCUGAUUUAAGAUUGUUAUGCUUGAAGGGUUGCCGGGUUGUCGGGUCGUUGUAAGCGGAUAUACUAUUAGCAUUUGGAUUCUGAUUCUCACUCAUUGUUAGGUUAGUUGAGUGUUUGGAUAUCUUGUGUAAGGAAGAUGAUAUGAAGACAGGGGUUUUCCA